AUGUACCUUUUCAUACGUUCUUCAAUUAACGUUACGGUUGGUAUUGAUCAAUAUUCAUUCACCGUUAAUGAAAAUGCACAAUUUUAUGGUAUAAAGAAUAUACCAAAGGGAAUACAUCUUAUUUAUUUCCAACAAGAGAAGUCGAAUACUUUUAGAUACGGUUAUUGGUUUAAUUCUGAGUCUAUCAAUCCAACAGAAUCAUUACUUCUUCAAUAUGAUUCUAAAGAUGAGAUAUUUGAAAUAAUUGAAAAUUUUGAUGUUAACGAACAAUUAAAGUUUCAACAUUUAAUGGUGAAUUACCCAUCAGUAUCUGAUGUUACUGAAAUCGAUUGGUUUGUUUUAAGUGAAUAUCUAAAUUGGGAUCAAAUUAUUAAAUAUUUCAAUAAAUCAACCUCUUCAUCGUCACGUUUAUUAUAUGUUGAUUCAACACUAAACACAAAUGAAGAGAAGAAGUUGUUAACAGAAAGGUUAAAACUUGAUUUGGGUAAGAGUUCUGAUGAUGAUUAUUUAAACUAUACACCUAUUGAAUUCAAGUCAAAUAUAGCUAUUAGGCCUUCUCACGAGAUGGAGGAUUUUUUAGAUAAAUCAUAUUACUUGAAUAAAAUAAUAUUGCCAAGUUAUUAUAAUAAUAAUAUUUACAGGUUGUUUUGUGAAUUGCAAUUCUCCUUCUUAAACAGUAUGAUAUUUGCCAAUUAUGGGUCUAAUAUGCAAUGGCAUAGUCUGAUAGAAUUACUUUUAAAUAGUUCUGAAACUUCAGACAAGGACAUAAUAUUGAAGAAGUUGGAUAAAAUGCUUUCAGAACAAAUAAGUUCAUUGCCUAUGGAAUAUAUUGAUUAUACCAUUAAUGGUGAGACGUGGGAUAAAUUUUUAAAUAAAUCUUUAAACGGUGAGAAAUUAACGUCGACUAAAUCUAGUUUACUUCAAAGACUACCUGAACUUACUGCAAUUUGCGAAUUAGGAGACGAAAUUGAAGAACUUGAAUCCAUUGAGGGACCACCUCCUGUAUUUUAUCCAAACAUUGAUAGUGAAGAUGAAACUGAUCAGUGGGAACCUACUGUAAUCAGUGGAGUUUACCAUAACACAAGAUGA